AUGUCAAUCUCGUCGCAAGAAAUGAACGAAUCGUCCUAUUCCACCGGCAUGAUCACACCGACUUCACCAAGCAAUAUGACCGACAUUUACUUUCACCCUGAUAGCACUUUCUUUUCCAGCCAUAACCCCACGAACACUAAAGAAGACGAAGAUGCUUGCAUGGACAGUUCCCUCAAUCAGAACAACAAGGAUGAUGACUGUGGAAGGCCUCCAGUCAACCAGAGCCUGAGAAUCACACACGCGAACUACGCAAUGAUUCCCGAGUUCAACGUACGAUUUCUCUGGGUCAAUCAAGUUGAAGAAUCAUGGGCAGAGACCCAAAAGUCGUUACUGUGGGAGGCAAACCUGUAUGUACAAGCGCGAGAUGUUGGCCAGCUCAUGCAUGAAGGCUUCUAUCUCUCCACGGAUCAAGAGAUCAAAGGCACGGGCUGCAUCGCGCAGAAUGUCUGUCCCGGGGAGCCUAACUAUGGAGAUUGGAAGCAUACACGCCACUACAUUUUCAAGGACCCCGACAUGAAGUGGACUGCUCAUCUCCACGUUUGCGCCAGCCAGAUGGCCGAACUCGCUCGAUUCCGCCUUACGGAUCUGAAGCCUUCUAAGCUUGUCUUCAGCUGGGCCUACAACCCAGAGGGGUUUCAUGUCUAUGGAUACAGUCUAUUCAAUCCGAAAGACAAUUUCAACACGAUUUAUGAAGACGUGCCACUUGAGGGUAUCUGGCCGUGGCCCAAAGAGAAGCGAAUUCACCCAUCAAUUCCUGCGGGAACGCCUAGAGCCAACGACGACAUGAAUCAAAAAGGAAUGGGAAAUCCGUACCCAUUCGAAGCUUAUAAUGGAGUCCCCCCGUUGUUGCGACCCGGGUGGCAGCCCCAACCACAGCCCGGUUUUACAUACCUCUAUCCUCGCCCGGCCCCCUUUGUGCCCACAGAAUAG